CCCAUCCCUAAUCGGUGAUAGGUAUUUAAGAUAAAUAAAGUGAAAAUAUUUUUAUUUAUGACGAUUAUUAAUGGUCUAUUUUACCAGAUUCGAAGUGAAAAUCGUGCAAUAAGUACUUUAUACUCAGUUUUUACAAUUUAAAUAAUAUAAUUUAAUAAUUGGGCUCUUCAAAACUCCAUAAAACCAGGACUAUUUGCUCCAAGAUGUUGUUUACCUAUUUUUGAUCUCGUCCACAGAUUAUUAGCUACACUAAUCUCGUCUGUUGAUAUUUUGUCUUUGUGAUAUUAAUAACAAUAACGGUAGUGUUUUCUGGGAAACCCAUAAUGCUUAGUUAGAAGAUCACAUAACAGGGUAAUAGAAGACUCUCCAUUCGUCCAAAACUAUUGUAAAGAAGAAGAAAUGUCUUCUUAUCUACGAGGGUCUACCAACUACGUUUGGUCAACUACAAGCAUUCUGGGUAAAGGGGCAACUGCCACAGUCCAUCAAGGAGUUAAUAAAGUGAAUGGGGAGCCAGUUGCUGUGAAAACUUUCAAUCACAUCAGCACCUUGCGACCCCAAGAAAUACAGAUUAGAGAAUUUGAAGUUCUACAAAAAGUUAAUCAUGAAAAUAUUGUCAAAUUGUUGGCAAUUGAAGAGGAACAAGAAAACAGAGGAAAGGUGAUAGUCAUGGAACUUUGUACUGGGGGAAGCCUUUUCAACAUUUUGGAUGACCCUGAAAAUACAUAUGGAUUGGAAGAAUCAGAGUUUCUGCUUGUUUUAGAACACUUGUAUGCUGGCAUGAAGCAUUUAAGAGAUAAUAAUUUGAUUCAUAGGGAUCUCAAACCGGGAAACAUCAUGAAGUUCAUCCGUGAUGAUGGCACAACUGUUUACAAACUUACUGACUUUGGAGCAGCAAGAGAAUUACAAGAGGGACAACACUUCCAGUCUUUAUAUGGUACUGAAGAGUACCUUCAUCCAGAUAUGUAUGAAAGAGCAGUUUUGCGGAAACACGCUAACAAAACUUUUGGAGCCACUAUUGAUCUUUGGUCCAUAGGUGUGACUUUGUAUCAUGUAGCAACUGGAAAUCUACCUUUCAGACCUUACGGAGGCAGAAGAAAUAAAGAAACUAUGCACUACAUAACUACAAGAAAAGAAAGUGGUGUUAUUUCAGGGAUUCAAACUAAGGAGAAUGGGCCCAUAGAAUGGAAAAGAGAGCUGCCUAGCAACUGUCAGUUGAGCUAUGGUUUGAAGAAAAUCAUUACUCCACUGCUAGCUGGGUUAUUGGAAGCUGAUCAUAGGAAAAUAUGGACGUUUGAUAGGUUUUUCAAAGAGGUAGAGGUAGUGUUAUCUAGAAAAUGCAUAGACAUAUUCCACGUGAACGAAGCAAGGCUGAUCAAAAUAUAUAUUUUACCUGAUGAGACAUAUCAAAAUUUGAGAGAAUACAUCUCCGAACAGACCAACAUCAAAGACACUAGCCAAAUUUUGAUAUACCAGAACGAUCUGUUUUUAAAUAUAAUAGAGGAAUAUACCAGAGCUGAAGGAUACCCGACAACGAAAAAAGAAGAACCGAUAUUUUUGUUCAACAGAGACGAUAACAACAUUUCGAUAACUACAGACUUAGAAUUGCCGAAAUUCACAGAUUUUAUGACUGUGAUUUCAGUAGAGAAUGAUGCGGCGCAAGCUAAGUUUGCUUGUAGUAUCGGACAUCAGUGUAAACGGCACAUAGAAAGAUACUCGCUGUAUAGCAAAUUGAUUUUUGAUACUGUGGAUAACUUCACGAAAUAUUCGAAUUUAGAGUUGAAGCAGCUGCAUCAAAACACUCAGCAUUUGCUGGAUAAAACUUUGUUAAUGAAAAAGAUGGCUGGAGUGCUGGCAUUGUCGCAGCAAAUAAGCAACUACGGGAGGAAGUGCGAAUUCCCGGAGAGGUUGGAGUCGAUCAGCAAGGAGUUUGCUACUGAAGCAGCAAAAGGUGUUACUAACUUGCAUAAAUCCAACUGUGUAGAGAACACGUUGAAACUGCAGUGGGACAGUAUGAGUAGGGAUCUGAAAUGUCCUUACAAAACUUUGGCGCCUGCGAGAGCAAAAACCCAAGUAGAACAUUUACGUGAUUCUUGGCAGCAUCUGGUGCGCGAUAGAGCCACAAGGACCUUAUCGUACAACGAUGAACAGUUUCAUAUUUUGGAACGUAUAAAAAUCACCCAAACGAUCAACAGGCUGAAAAUUCUGCUCGAAAAAGAAGUUUUCCCCCAGUACGAACAGCUGGCUGAAAAUUUUGGAGACUGGUAUAAAAUAGCUCAAAACAUUCAUCUGAAAAUGGGGAUUUUAAGAUCGGACGUGAAUGCUUUCGAAAAUAAAUUGAGAGACUUUGAAGAAGAACUGACUAUAGAUAAUUUGGACUAUUCAGAACAUAUAAAAAAUAAUUUAGAUAAAGUCAAAAACAGUAAUGUUUCUAAAAGAAAUUCGAGUAGUACACAAAAUCAAAAGUUGAAGACUUGCAUUAAUAAUUAUAAAAAGGAGAGCGAGGAUAUUAGGAAAAUCAUGAGGGAAAACACAGAACUGUUAAACCAGCUGAACAAGUCCACAAGUGAACUUGGUGCUUUGAAUAUAAGUCAUGGCAAUGUGAAUCAGCAUGGAUGAGUUCACUCACUAUCUCUUUCUUAAAUUUGUUAUAAAAUAAAAAAUACGCGAGCGAAAUUAUCCCUUGAUGUAAUCUUGCUUGCAAUACUUUUAUACUGUGAUACCUUAUAUUUUACAUUCAGGGAAUGGUUCUGUCUUUUAUUCUUCAAUUUUUCUUAUUCGAUUAUUUGCCAAUUUCGAUAGAUUUCCACAUACUUGAAAUUUUGAGCGAAUGUUCGCCAUUUUGUCCGCUUAGAUAUUUAGGAAUUCUGAUGUCAGAUCCUUUUGAUGCAAAUGUGUUCGAAAACUAGAGAUAUUUACCCUAUAUUUCGUUAUAUGUUAUUGUUUUGGUUGUAGAAAAUUCUAGGGAUGCAUCUCUAAGCAAACUUACGCGCAAUCACAAAAAAUAGCCAAGGUUGUAACAUAAUUUUGUUAGUAUCAAAUGCAUGAUUUUUAGUAAAAAUCUACAGUCUUCUCGAGUAAGCUAGCGUGUUUACGGUAUUUACGUGGCUUAUUUUUUAUAUACAGGGUGGCCAAUAUGUAACUGACUGGUAUGUAUUUUGAAUAUUUGUGAAAUGAAAUACGUCCAUUUUUUUCAUCUUAAUGUUUUAUUGAAACUUAGAAAAUGAUGUAUGAAAAAUGUCCUCCUCUAGAAGCCGCGCAAACCCGAGCCCUCUUGAUUAUUUACAUUUUCCAUUUUUGGUAGGUUUCGGGAGGAAUACUUUUAAUCGCUUCCGUAGUACAUAUUGUUCUUCAGCUGCUCUACAAUAUUUGGUUUGUUGACAUAAACCCUAUCUUUCUAAACCCCCAAAAAAAGGCAGGAGCCGUUAAAUGCGGUGACCUUGGUGGCCAGUAGACAUCACGAAAUCGAGAAAUUAAACGUCCCAGAAAUAUUAUUCGCAAAAGAUUCAUUGUUUUCCUAGCUGUGUGAAAAGUUGCUCCGUCCUGCUGGAACCACAUUUUUCGCAGGUUAAAUUGUUGGAUUUGAGGAGCCAGAAAGUUUUGCACCAUAUCACGGUAGCGCUCUUUCAUGGUCACUACAAUGUAGUUCUUGGGUUAACUGAAUUUUGUAUGGCCGCAAAUGCAAGUCUUUUUUUUUUAAAUAGUACAUAAUGACAUGCGAAAAAUACCCAGUUCUUGACAACGAUGUCUGGUAGACGUCUCAGGGCGCUCCACUACACUUCAACGAACUCUAGAGGUUUUACGGAGUACGAACAGUUCGAACACGGCCCGACCUUGGCAAGUCUUUAGCUUUACCUAUUUGUUUAAAUUUCUGCACCAACUGACAAAUGGUGGGCACAUUAUUUCGACCGAAAUCUCGUCGUAGUUUCCGAAUCGUUGCAACAAUCUCAUUAUUUAAGUAAAACGUUUUAACAAUAUUGACGCGUUGUUGGAUCAUGUAGCACCCCAUGAUGAAUUUGACACAUGUGCUUCAAACAACUACUUCUGCGUCACCUACUGAAAUGCGUGUAUCAAAAAUGACGCGGAAUUUAAAUCUUUAUAUAUUGGCCGCCGUGUACAAGGUUUUCUUUAUUAAAAAUACGAAGUGCCUGGAGCAUCUACUAUAGCUAGGUAAACUGAAAUACCAGUGUAGUAUUACUUUGUCGAACUUUUUAUUUGCUCUUUCAUCCUUCAUAUGAACUCUCAAAAAACAACACAAACCACAAAACGAAAUAAAAUAGUGCAGAAAAAGUCAGAACGUAAAUAAGAAUCCCAUAUUUCUGCGGAAAAAAUCUUUAUACAUAAUUUUAAUUUAGUGCUUCCCAAAUCUGAAUUGGUCCCGCCACGAAAUCGAAGAGUCUUUGUGUUUCUUUUGUAACCUCAUCACAAAAGCAGUUUAAAAACAAAGGUUUAGUUUCAAAAAAUAUGGUUUCAAUUUUAACUCCUGCUGAAUUUCACAGUGGAUAGCAUAUAUCUAGCGGUUAUAUUAAAAAUAAUCUGAAAGUAUCUUAAAUACACUAACCUGCUCACAAUGUCUAAGAUGCACGACUUUUUGUGGUGCGUUAGAUUCUUGGAAAAGCAAAUCAAUUAUGAGAAUGAAAAGACCUUUUGAAAAUCUUAAUAUGAGCAACAGUCGCUCAAAUAAUCUAGAGCAGGGCUGUCCAACAUACGGCCCGCGAACUCCUUUCUUGCGGCCCGCUUCACGGGUCAUGUAUACAUCACAUGUAUAAAUUACUCUCAAGUACCGAAUAUGCACAAUUCUUACAUUAAUACAUAUAAUGUUGUAUAGAAAGAUUUUAUAAUGCGGCCCUCCAAACUACAUUUUUUUUUGAAGUGGCCCUUGGGCCGCAUUAAGUUGGACAGCCCUGAUCUAGAGCAAGCCGCUCCACUGAUUAACCGUUACUCUAAUCUGAGCGAGUUAUGAAAAAAGUAGUACUUGGUGCAUCCCUAGUAAAUUCCUUAGGAUUCUGCCGUUCAAAAUGAUAUUGCAUUUUUUAAUACAUUGUCAAUUAUGAACUAGUCUUCAAAUGAUAUUGAACGUUCUCUAAGAAUUGACUUUAUUUCAUUUUGACGUAUAUAUAUCGAUAGACCUUAAAAUUCUGAAUAGAGUUGCUCAGCUUUCAUUCAUUGUCCUACCUGAGACGAAGCCUACACCUUGCUGCAGAGUUGCCAAAUAGCAUGCAACAACUGUCUAUGGUUGACCGUCUGUGAUCGAAAGCUAUAUUACUUGUUUAAAAUAUGCAUGUUAUAACAGUAUUUAUCUAUUUAUACUGUGAUUAAAAUGAUCUAGUUUGUAGCAUAUAAUCAUUUAUUUACUAUAAGUUUGGAUGGCUUCGUGGCCAUCUGUUUUGAAAAACACUUUUUGUUUUGUGAUAUAUUAAUAAAUGAAAAUGUAAAAGGAUUUCAUUGAAGUUUUGUCCUUAAAAUUUUCGCCGCU